AGAUAGACGCCUCUAGAAGAGACAUUGUUCUUCAAGUUUUUCAAUUUUCUGGAACGAUGGAGAAUGGUCUAGAAAUCUUAAAAGAAAACCGAACCUUUAGUCCUUAAUUCUACAUAUAAAUACCAGAUGAUCUCGAUCGACAUAAGCAUCCUAUCACUAAUUCUGUAACAUAAACAUUCUGAAAUCUCAUAACCUAACCUCACUCACGAAUUCUCAGAAAAACAUUUUUCAAAUUAAACCUCAAAACUCAAAAAUCUCAACAACUCAAAUACCAAACAUGUCGAUGAUUCCAAGUUUCUUCGGCAACCAAAGGACAAAUGUUUUCAACCCAUUCGCACUAGACAUUUGGGAUCCAUUCCAAGGUUUCCCAUUCUCAGGAUCCAACUCUUCUUCCUCUGCACUUUCCUUUCCGGCUGGUUCCGAAAUUUCAAAAGAAACAUCACAAUUGGCAAACACUAGAAUCGACUGGAAAGAAACCCCAGAGGCUCAUAUUUUCCGAGCAGAUCUUCCUGGAAUUAAAAAGGAAGAAGUGAAAGUUGAAGUCGAAGAAGGAAGAGUUCUUCAGAUAAGUGGUGAAAGAAGCAGAGAGAAAGAAGAGAAGAAUGAUAAAUGGCAUAGAGUUGAACGCAGCAGUGGUAAGUUUUUAAGGAGAUUCAGAUUGCCGGAGAAUGCUAAAGUCGAUGAAGUUAAGGCGUCUAUGGAGAAUGGAGUGCUCACUGUAACUGUUCCUAAAGUUGAAGAGAAGAAGCCUGAAACUAAAUCUGUUCAGAUUUCUGGUUAAGUCCCUAGGGCUAUCACUAAUGAGAUGUCUCUGGUCUACGUAAGUCUUGUGUGGUGUUUUAGUGUGAAAUGUGAAGAAUAAAGAAGAUGAGAUGUUAUGGUGUUGUGGUCGUCUGUCAUUAGUGCCAAGUCUGUCGGUAAUGGUUUAAACUUUCUUGUUGAUGAAAACUUCAAGUUUGUUUCUUGUCUAUAUGGUUUCUGCUGAUUGUGCUUGGAAUUUAAUUAACACUGGUUAAAUUUGCGAAGGAUUCAUGUUCAUCCUCUUGCUAAGAUGGCAUAAACCAGAUAGAGAGCUGUAACUUUUUUUUUUUGGUGUAUCCCAUCUUGCUUGGUGGAAGAAAGUAAAGUAGAUGCAAUAAGGAGACAACAAAGUCUUCAUUCA